AUGGAUCAAACUGAUCCAAGGUCUUUCCAAAUUGACUCAGAAGCUUUCAUCCAAUGGGUCAUUGGAGCUUUAUCCAUUAUUACUUUUGUAACUUGCAUCAUUUAUUUCUUUGCAAACGAAAUUUUAUCAGUUAUUAUUUUUUAUUCUGCAGCAGAAUCAUUCCAUCUUUUUAGGAUCGUUAGAUUUGUAGCUCCAAAAUUAGAAAUACCUCAAAAUGUAACUCAAAAAGUAUUAAUGUGCCAAGAUUUUUACAUGUUUAUUCUUUGCUUGCUUUUCAUUGUUACAGAGAGCACAAAUUAUUUUGUAGUUCUUGACUAUGCUGUAAAUACAUUAAUUGAAAGCUUACAUUUCUUUGUUCAUUUCUUAGCCCCAUGGAUGGGUGUUGAAGGUCCAUUUGUAGCAAAACUCCGCUCUUACAUUAACAAUCAAUACAUUCCAAUAGUUUCAGCCAUUAUUGAAGUUUGUGUAACAAUUUCAUUCUUUAUCCAAGCAAUUACAAAGUUUUCAUUCACAAACUUAAUUAUUUUCGUUGGAUACUUCUUCUUAGUCAUUGUUGCUAGCCUUGCAACAACAGAAGCCCAUGGAAGAUUUUGGGCAAAGAUUGGCCUCUUCCUCCGCGAAUUUGCUGCAUCUAGAAAUGAUAAACUUGGCCAGUAUGUUGAACUUGUUGUAGAAAAAUGUUCUCAUUUCGCAAGUGUCGCCCAACAAUAUUUCCCUAAGAAAGAUAUCAAAGUUCACCUUCAGUAA